AUGGAAGCCAGUCUCCUUCAUUCCUGUCGGCUCCAUGUCCGGCUUCACCACCCCUUGGUUUUCCAUGGAAGAGAGUUUCAUUCUUCUUCACCAACCUUGGCCUCCAUCAUCUCCAACACACCCCAGCCUCCACCAUCUCCAGCAUACCCCGCCUCCAUCAUCCCCAGCACACCCCAGCCUCCAUCAUCUCCAGCACACCCAGCCUCCAUCAUCCCCAGCACACCCCAGUCUCCACCAUCCCCAGCACACUCCAGCCUCCAUCAUCUCCAGCAACCCCAGCCUAUAUCAUCCCCAGCACACCCCUGCCUCCAUCAUCCCCAACACACCCCUGCCUCCAUCAUCCCCAGCACACCCCUGCCUCCAUCAUCUCCAGCACACCCCAGCCUCCACUAUCCCCAGCACACUCCAGCCUCCAUCAUCUCCAGCAACCCCAGCCUAUAUCAUCCCCAGCACACCCCUGCCUCCAUCAUCCCCAACACACCCCUGCCUCCAUCAUCCCCAGCACACCCCUGCCUCCAUCACUUCCAGCACACCCCAGUCUCCACCAUCCCCAGCACACUCCAGCCUCCAUCAUCUCCAGCACACCCCAGCCUCCACUAUCCCCAGCAUACCCCACCUCCAUCAUCCCCAGCACACCCCAGCCUCCAUCACCUCCAGCACACCCCAGCCUCCACCAUCCCCAGCACACCCCUGCCUCCAUCAUCUCCAGCACACCCCCCCAGCCUCCAUCACCUCCAACACCCCCCAGCCUCCAUCAUCUCCAACACCCCCUGCCUCCAUCAUCUCCAGCACACCCCCUGCCUCCAUCAUCUCCAGCACACCCCAGCCUCCAUCAUCCCCAGCACACCCCAGCCUCCAUCAUCCCCAGCACACCCCCUGCCUCCAUCACCUCCAGCACACCCCUGCCUCCAUCAUCUCCAGCACACCCCAGCCUCCAUCAUCUCCAACACACCCCAGCCUCCAUCAUCUCCAACACACCCCUGCCUCCAUCAUCUCCAGCACACCCCAGCCUCCAUCAUCCCCAGCACACCCCAGCCUCCAUCACCUCCAGCACACCCCAGCCUCCAUCAUCUCCAGCACACCCCCUGCCUCCAUCGCUUCCAGCACACCCCAGCCUCCACCAUCCCCAGCACACCCCAGCCUCCAUCAUCCCCAGCACACCCCAGCCUCCACCAUCCCAGCACACCCCACCUCCAUCAUCCCCAGCACACCCCAGCCUCCACCAUCCCCAGCACACCCCUGCCUCCAUCACCUCCAGCACACCCCCAGCCUCCAUCAUCUCCAACACACCCCAGCCUCCAUCAUCUCCAACACACCCCUGCCUCCAUCAUCUCCAGCACACCCCCUGCCUCCAUCAUCUCCAGCACACCCCAGCCUCCAUCAUCCCCAGCACACCCCAGCCUCCACCAUCCCCAGCACACUCCAGCCUCCAUCAUCUCCAACACACCCCAGCCUCCAUCAUCUCCAACACACCCCUGCCUCCAUCAUCUCCAGCACACCCCCUGCCUCCAUCAUCUCCAGCACACCCCAGCCUCCAUCAUCCCCAGCACACCCCAGCCUCCAUCAUCCCCAGCACACCCCCUGCCUCCAUCACCUCCAGCACACCCCAGCCGCCAUCAUCUCCAGCACACCCCUGCCUCCACCAUCCCCAGCACACCCCUGCCUCCAUCAUCCCCAGCACACCCCCUGCCUCCAUCAUCCCCAGCACACCCCAGCCGCCAUCACCUCCAGCACACCCUGCCUCCAUCAUCCCCAGCACACCCCAGCCGCCAUCAUCCCCAGCACACCCCUGCCUCCACCACCUCCAGCACACCCCCUGCCUCCAUCAUCUCCAGCACACCCCCUGCCUCCAUCAUCCCCAGCACACCCCUGCCUCCAUCAUCUCCAGCACACGUCGGCCUCCACCAUCCCCAGCACACCCCAGCCUCCACCAUCCCAGCACACCCCACCUCCAUCACCUCCAGCACACCCCAGCCGCCAUCAUCUCCAGCACACCCCUGCCUCCACCAUCCCCAGCACACCCCUGCCUCCAUCAUCCCCAGCACACCCCUGCCUCCAUCAUCCCCAGCACACCCCAGCCGCCAUCACCUCCAGCACACCCCUGCCUCCAUCAUCUCCAGCACACCCCUGCCUCCACCAUCCCCAGCACACCCCUGCCUCCAUCAUCCCCAGCACACCCCAGCCUCCAUCAUCCCCAGCACACCCCCUGUCUCCAUCACCUCCAGCACACCCCAGCCGCCAUCAUCUCCAGCACACCCCUGCCUCCACCAUCCCCAGCACACCCCUGCCUCCAUCAUCCCCAGCACACCCCCUGCCUCCAUCAUCCCCAGCACACCCCAGCCGCCAUCACCUCCAGCACACCCUACCUCCAUCAUCCCCAGCACACCCCAGCCGCCAUCAUCCCCAGCACACCCCUGCCUCCACCACCUCCAGCACACCCCCUGCCUCCAUCAUCUCCAGCACACCCCUGCCUCCAUCAUCCCCAGCACACCCCUGCCUCCAUCAUCUCCAGCACACGUCGGCCUCCACCAUCCCCAGCACACCCCAGCCUCCACCAUCCCAGCACACCCCACCUCCAUCACCUCCAGCACACCCCAGCCGCCAUCAUCUCCAGCACACCCCUGCCUCCAUCAUCCCCAGCACACCCCAGCCGCCAUCACCUCCAGCACACCCUGCCUCCAUCAUCCCCAGCACACCCCAGCCGCCAUCAUCCCCAGCACACCCCUGCCUCCACCACCUCCAGCACACCCCCUGCCUCCAUCAUCUCCAGCACACCCCCUGCCUCCAUCAUCCCCAGCACACCCCUGCCUCCAUCAUCUCCAGCACACGUCGGCCUCCACCAUCCCCAGCACACCCCAGCCUCCACCAUCCCAGCACACCCCACCUCCAUCACCUCCAGCACACCCCAGCCGCCAUCAUCUCCAGCACACCCCUGCCUCCACCAUCCCCAGCACACCCCUGCCUCCAUCAUCCCCAGCACACCCCUGCCUCCAUCAUCCCCAGCACACCCCAGCCGCCAUCACCUCCAGCACACCCCUGCCUCCAUCAUCUCCAGCACACCCCUGCCUCCACCAUCCCCAGCACACCCCUGCCUCCAUCAUCCCCAGCACACCCCAGCCUCCAUCAUCCCCAGCACACCCCCUGUCUCCAUCACCUCCAGCACACCCCAGCCGCCAUCAUCUCCAGCACACCCCUGCCUCCACCAUCCCCAGCACACCCCUGCCUCCAUCAUCCCCAGCACACCCCCUGCCUCCAUCAUCCCCAGCACACCCCAGCCGCCAUCACCUCCAGCACACCCUACCUCCAUCAUCCCCAGCACACCCCAGCCGCCAUCAUCCCCAGCACACCCCUGCCUCCACCACCUCCAGCACACCCCCUGCCUCCAUCAUCUCCAGCACACCCCUGCCUCCAUCAUCCCCAGCACACCCCUGCCUCCAUCAUCUCCAGCACACGUCGGCCUCCACCAUCCCCAGCACACCCCAGCCUCCACCAUCCCAGCACACCCCACCUCCAUCACCUCCAGCACACCCCAGCCGCCAUCAUCUCCAGCACACCCCUGCCUCCAUCAUCCCCAGCACACCCCUGCCUCCAUCAUCUCCAGCACACGUCGGCCUCCAGUGUGCUUUUUGGUGGCUCUGA